CGCGGCAGGAGCCCGCUCGCGUGGUGAUGUACGCCGGCGGCGGCGCCCAGGUGGGUUUCGGCACCAACACUGGCGUCCGGAAGGCUGGAGGCAGGCGCAAGCGCUUGGGCGUCAGCGGCAGGGUGUGCAUGCUCACGGGCAUGAAGAAGUUCAAGGGCUUCUACCGUACCUACACCGAGAGCAAGAACGUCCGCUACUAUCGCCCGAACACGCACUGGAAGCGCCUCUGGUGGGACGAGGAGAAGAUGUGGGUCCGCCUGUUCGUCAGCACCCGCGCAAUGCGCAUGGUCGACGACGAGGGGCUCCAGGCCGUGGCCACCAGGGCCGGGCUCGACCUCUACGCGUGGAUCAGGCCGCACUGGAUGCCAGGCUCUAGGCAGCCGCUGCCCUUGAAGGUCGGCUACACGGACAAGGCCAAGGCCGCCCUGAAGUACUGGCCAGACUACGAGGACAAGCUCAACAAGGGCGCCCCGCUCGCGGAGAUCUGCCCCGCCCCCACGUUCACAGACAAGUGCCUCAUGAGGACCGACGAGCGCCCACGCGCCGAACAACGGCAAGCCGGCUCCCCUGGACAUGAACCAGCUCGCGGAGAAGCCCUGGAAGAAGGCGAAGAGGCUGAGCCAGGAGAACAGGCUGCGGCUUGA